AUGAAUGACAUGUGUUGGCCCCUCCUCCCCCGCUGCUGUGGUGCGCUGCUGAGUUGAAGCGCAACAGCCCGGAGAGCGCAGCAGCGAUUUCACUGCUGCAACUUUGAUGACAGGGUUUUUUGAGCCGUCGAUGAGCGCGUUUGAGGUUCCUUGCUGGUGAAGACAAGGGAAUCGAGUCUCGACCCUGCGGUUCCCGAUCUGCCAGUCGGAUCACAAUGAAAUUCCCGAUUUGUUUGCUUGCACUCGUCCUUGUGGUGAGAUCUGCGCUCGGAGGUAACAAGUUGAACGAGCCGUGUGCAGGCCUGGACUGCAGCGGAGGAUGCAGAUGCAACCCAGAAAAAGGCAGCAGGGGCCGUCCAGGACCUCUUGGUGAAGUUGGCAGGAGUGGGCCAGAGGGGCCUCGUGGAGGUCUGGGGCCUCAAGGGCCUAAAGGAGAGAAGGGCCAUAAUGGACUGAGAGGACCAUCUGGCCCAAAAGGAGACAAGGGACCUAUGGGAGUACCAGGGUUCCAAGGAUCUGAUGGAGUACCUGGUCACCCAGGUCAGGAGGGUAGCAGAGGAUUACCAGGACUGGACGGCUGCAACGGGACCAGAGGUGAUCCUGGACUCCCUGGCUAUGGGACAGGAGUACCUGGAAUACCUGGACCCAUUGGACCUAUUGGGCCAAAGGGUCAGAAAGGAGAACCUCGAUACAUCUCUGACAACACCAUUGGGAGUAUUCCAGGUUCACCAGGACCAGAUGGACCACCUGGUUUCAGAGGUCCCGUGGGUCCAGAAGGUCAGCAAGGACCAAGGGGGCCUGAUGGAUUCCCUGGCCCACCUGGUCCUCCUGGUCCCCCAGGGCCCAUGGGGAGCCGAAGUUAUGGAUAUGAAGGAGAGAAAGGAGACAAGGGCGAUGUGGGCUUGCCCGGUGACCCUGGCCAGCCAAUGAUCAAUGGCGUUGUGGAGUUUGUGGGUUUUCCCAAAGGAGACAAAGGAAUAAAGGGUGAACCUGGUCCAAAGGGAUUCCGUGGUUUUCCUGGCCUUCCUGGCCUACCUGGGCCUUUUGGUUAUAAAGGUGAACUUGGAGAGAAAGGAAUUCCUGGAUACCCAGGGGCAAGAGGUUUUCCAGGUUUAAAUGGGGUCCCAGGUGUUACAGGACAACAGGGAUACAGGGGUAAUCCAGGCUAUCCCGGGCAACCAGGAUACAUUGGAUCUAAGGGAGACCAGGGAGACCCUGGACCACCAGGGCCUCCUGCUUUUGUUGAUAAUCUGGGCACUGCUGUUCAAGGACUACCAGGUGAAUCAGGUCUUCCUGGUAUUCCUGGUGCCCCCGGUGACCAAGGAUAUCCAGGGUUACCAGGACCUCCUGGCCCACCAGGAAUAGGCGGUGGUUUUGGUACAGGCCGUCCUGGACUUCCAGGGUUUCCCGGAACUCCAGGUCCAGUGGGAGAGAAAGGAAAUCCAGGUUUCCCAAACGUCGGCCCCGAAGGACAGCCUGGUGCACCUGGUCUCCCCGGACCCCCUGGCCUUCCUGGACCUCAGGGCCCAUCCAGCUUGUCCGUUGAACCCUGCAUCAUCUAUCCUGAGUUGUCCAGGCCAUAUCCAGGUCCUGGGACUGCCCCCAUUAGUAUCCCAGGACAGCCUGGACUGCCUGGCGCCAGAGGGGAGCCAGGUUCCGUGGGAUACAAAGGCUUCAGAGGUGAUCCAGGUGACUGUGCCUGCGUGGGAGGUAGUGGUCCAGGAUUGCCAGGGUUAUCUGGACCCCCAGGAGCCAAUGGUAGCCCUGGCUUCCCUGGACAAAAGGGUGAGCCUGGUGACUCUGGUUCACCUGGCUUUGGCGGCCCUCAGGGACCUCCUGGUCGUGCUGGAGAGAGGGGUGUCUUUGGCCGUAAGGGAGAGAAGGGGACAUCUUACUACCCCAACCUUGGGUUAGGAGUGAAAGGAGAGAUUGGAGCACCUGGACCGAGAGGACCUACAGGUGAAACAGGGAAACCUGGCCGGGAUGGACUUCCUGGUUUCCCUGGAUCUCCUGGACCCCCAGGUGAUGCUGGUUUUGGCACAGUUGGAGAAAAAGGUUUCCCAGGAUUUCCAGGUUCAAAGGGCCGUCCUGGUAGCCCUGGGGAACCUGGUGUUGGCUACGCAGGAACACCUGGCUUUCGUGGAGAGCCUGGAGACCCCGGUAUUCCUGGUCUGCCUGGGCAGCCAGGUUUUCCUGGAGAAAGAGGUGAAAACAGCUGUGGAGGGGUUAUUGACGCCGGAGAGGGAACGGGCCAAAAUCUGCCUUGCUCCAUUCCCGGUGAGGUGGGAGAUCCCGGUUUCCCCGGCUUACCUGGACGGCCAGGUAAUAAAGGUGAGUCAGGUGCACCUGGAAACUCUGGUCGUCCAGGGUUUGAUGGUGCCAAAGGAGAAAGAGGAGAUCCUGGAGUAGGAGGCCUACCUGGACCACAAGGUUUUCCAGGACCCAGAGGAGAACCUGGUGUCCCCGGUAUUCCAGGGCAGGCCUUUGAUGGUGGCAGGGGAAAGGAUGGUGCUCCUGGGCGCCCUGGAGCCAAAGGCCAGCCUGGAGAGGUCCUCGGGGCCACACCUGGAGCUCCAGGACAGAACGGUUUUCCAGGAGUACCUGGAGACAAGGGCCAGCCAGGGACACCAGGAGGACCUGGAUCACCUGGUAUUGAUGGGCGGCCUGGUAUUCCUGGACUGAAGGGGGAACGUGGAGUAGACGGUUAUCCAGGUAUUCCUGGUAUUCCUGGACCUCCAGGUGAUCCUACUGGUAGCUUUCCUGGACGCAGAGGAGAUCCUGGCAGCAAAGGACUGAGCGGACCCCCAGGCUGCCAAGGUUUCCCUGGACGGAAAGGAGAUAGAGGAGAUGCAGGUCCUCCCGGACCUGCAGGCAUGAAGGGAACACCAGGAGAGCCUGGCACCCCUGGCUCACCAGGGGCAAGAGGACCAUCUGGACCACCUGGACCAGGAACCAGAGAGGGAGUCCCAGGAAUCCCAGGAGGAAAGGGUGAAAGAGGUUUCCCAGGACUGAUGGGUUUCCCUGGACUACCAGGCCGUCCUGGAACUCCUGGUUUUCCAGGAGGUAAAGGACUGGCUGGUGGAGCUGGGAGAGAUGGUCUCCCUGGUGGUCCUGGAUUCCCCGGACAAAAAGGUGAGAGAGGAUUCCCUGGCCUUCCUGGACCCCCUGGACGUCCUUUUCCAUCACAGCUGGUGGAGAAAGGAGACUUUGGAAUCCCUGGAGGCAGCGGCCUACCUGGUUUUCCUGGACCCAGAGGUGACAAGGGUUUACCGGGUUUGCCUGGUCGUCAGGGUCUGCCUGGUCUUCCUGGUUUUGCUGAGCAGAGUAAAGGGCAGCCAGGACAGCCUGGGUUCCCUGGUAUACCAGGAGUUCCAGGCUUCCCUGGACCAAAAGGGGAGGGAGGAAUCAUUGGAUUCCCUGGCAUGUCUGGACCAAGGGGUGAAAAUGGUGCUUCUGGUUUCCCUGGGAGUCCUGGAGAAUCUGGUCGUCCUGGUAGUAAAGGUCUGCCUGGAGAUUCUUAUGGAUAUCCUGGAGGUCCAGGAGCUAAAGGCCAACCAGGAGACCCAGGCCUCACAGGGCGCAAUGGCAAUGACGGUGCCCCCGGUGACAAUGGCUUUUCUGGAACUCCAGGAUUCUCUGGAGCAAAGGGAGCUAUUGGUGAACCAGGACGACCUGGAAUCACAGGCUCCCCUGGUUUCCCUGGGCCAAAGGGGUUGCAAGGCUUCCCAGGCAGAAGAGGACCAGAUGGCACUCCUGGUCUCCCUGGAACUCCUGGAGGACCUGGAUCCAAAGGUCUACCUGGAUCUCCUGGUUUGGAUGGACUCAAUGGACUUCCUGGACCUAAAGGCCUCAUUGGAACCCCAGGUGGAUCUGCAGGAGGUCGCCCUGGUACCCCUGGUAUUCCAGGUUUGAAGGGAGAGAGAGGCAUCUCUUACCCAGGAGUACCAGGGUUCCCUGGACAGAAGGGAGAGAGAGGACAGCCAGGUGGCCCUGGACUCCCAGGGUUCCCUGGUCGGCCUGGCCCUGCUGGUCCGACAGUGGGAUCAGGUCUUCCCGGCCCCAGUGGAGACCCUGGCCUCCCAGGACUUGAUGGAGAGUAUGGUUUCCAGGGUCCCCCAGGUCCUCCAGGACCAGCAGGCCCAGGAACAUCCCAGGGAGACAGAGGAGACUCUGGAUUGCCAGGUUUCCCUGGUUCCCCUGGUAGGAAAGGAGAACCAGGAGGACCUGGAGGUGGUGGACUCCCUGGUAGCCCUGGUUUUAAAGGUGAAAGAGGCGAAACUGGUUUCAGUGGUGGUCCAGGUCUCAAGGGUUUCCCUGGUGACCCUGGUUACUAUGGAAAUAAAGGACCAAAAGGAUUCAGAGGACCUCCUGGUCGUAAGGGUCUUCCUGGCAUUACGCUGCCAAGGGCCCCUUCAGAUUAUGAUCGAAAAUAUGGAGACAUGGGAAUUCCUGGUGAAAAUGGAACCCCUGGUACACCUGGAGAGCCUGGUCAGCCUGGAAUGCCUGGACGUCCAGGUCCUAAGGGACGUCCUGGUUCUGUUGGUAAACUAGGGAGAACAGGCUCUCCUGGUCUCUCCGGACUGGUCGGUGACCCUGGACCUCCUGGUUUCCCUGGACCCACUGGAGAACAAGGGCAACCCGGUGCAGCCGGUCGUCCCGGGACACCUGGCGGUGUCGGCCGCAGCUACAGCAUUGGUUACACCAUGGUGAAGCACAGCCAGAACUCCCAGGUUCCCAUGUGUCCUCAGGGCAUGGCCAAGCUGUGGGACGGUUACAGCCUGCUGUAUGUAGAGGGACAGGAAAAAGCACACAACCAGGAUCUCGGUCAGCCAGGCUCCUGCCUCCCCAGGUUCAGCACCAUCCCCUUCCUGUACUGCUCCCCCAGUGAGGUCUGCUACUAUGCCAGCCGCAAUGACAAAUCCUACUGGCUGUCAACUACUGCACCUAUACCCAUGAUGCCUGUGUCCGAGGAUCAGAUACGACCUUAUAUCAGCAGGUGCUCAGUUUGUGAGGCUCCAUCUCAGGCUGUAGCAGUCCACAGUCAGGACACAACCAUCCCCACCUGCCCCCCUGGCUGGAGGAGUCUCUGGAUUGGAUACUCUUUUCUCAUGCAUACUGCGGCCGGUGCCGAAGGUGGCGGUCAGUCCCUGGUGUCUCCUGGAUCCUGUCUGGAAGAUUUCCGUGCAACACCUUUCAUUGAGUGCAAUGGUGCCAAGGGUACCUGCCACUACUUUGCCAAUAAGUACAGCUUCUGGCUCACCACUGUGGAUCCCAGAGAGGAGUUUGUGUUUUCACCAGCACAGGAAACCCUCAAGGGAGGCCAGGAGCGCUCCAAAGUCAGCCGUUGCCAAGUCUGCAGCAAGAUCUUGUAGUAUGAGGAGGAGGUGAUGGAUGGUGGUUUUGGAACACCUCAAAGAAAAGAAAGAAAGUUGUUGAUGAUGGAGGAUGAAUGAUUUACAAAGAAACCUAUAGAAAACAAGAACAUGUGACUGAAAAAAAGCCGCUCUUCACUUCAUUGGUGGUUUAAGAGUAUUUGAUCCCUUUUAGGAAUGAAAUGGGAGGGAGGAGAUGACAAGAGAAGGGGGCUGGUGUGAUUGCUUGUCUCUCAAUUAUCACUGACAAUGGUGCUAUUUUAUGUUUUUUGUGUUUAAUUUUGUUUGUUUUCUCGUUAUGGUUUUGGCGAGAAUCAUUCUCGGCUACCUCGGAGAGUGCCACCCCUUUGGAUAGCGCUGCAUGGCGUACACAUCAGGGUAGUAUGUCUGCUUCAGCUUGGUCAGUUUGGUGUUUUUUUAUCGUAGAAAGACAGUCUCAUCAGCUGUCUGUCACACUCUUCUCUGGACUGAUCAAACUGAAGCUGACUUCAGCCCAAUCUGAUCCGGGGUUAAACACAUCUCUAGUAAAAUGGCCUCCUUUAAAUAUGCAGCUUUGUGUUCACUGCUUCUGCAACCACUGUGUCUGCAGUGGGACCACAGCUGCUCCCUCAGUAACCACUGUACUGGUGCUUUUGCAUGACACAUUUAUUUUAAUGCAGUAGAUAAAUCACAGACAUUGGAAAGGUCUGUGAGAUAAAGUAGUUUGUCUCAUUUGACGUUUGCAAUUUGAAAGGGGCAAUUUGUACGAUUUAACAAUUAACUCCACGUAUCAGCAAAACUAGCAAACUUUUGACUAAUUUUGUGUUGCCAUUAGCUACACUAAAGAUCACUUUUGAAUUGUCCAAAGAGUUAGUACAUCUGGUUUGUUUAUUUGUUUGUCUUAUUUGUUUUGUUGAUCAGUGGUCUGACCCACUUCUGAACUUCUAUUUCUUAUCCUUUUUUCCAUGAAGUACAAAGUGGUCGUACAAGAUGAGACAGGUCCAGCUGAUUAGCAUGCUAACUUUUUGCCAUACAAUACAUUCACAUAAAUGAACAAAUUGCCCCUUUAAUAUGCAUUUAUGAGCUUGGAUUCUGAUCCGGCACAAUCGAGAAUGACUUGGCUAAUGUUUUCAUUUGAAAUUUAUCUGAAAUUACACAACAUUUUCCUAUGUAAAUGUUUCAAAUCAUAUCAAGUAAAUGUUUAAAAAAUGAUUUAAUCUCAUUGGAGUAACUGUGGACAAAAGGCUGCAUUACACAAUAAGAAACUGACCUAAAAAGUAAUGAACAUCAAAUUAAGCUUUGGAAAAUUCUCAGCAAUAAUAUCAAUCUAUGCAUGAUAUUUUUUUAUAACACAAAACUACCAGUACAGUUCCUCUACUUUACUAUGCAUUUUUCACAUGUCAUGUGCUAGUAAUUUCAUAAUAUGUAUCUUUGGUGUUCAAGAGCAACUUGAAAGGUGGUAUUUUAGAUUAAUUCAUGUGAAACUACAUGCAAUAAACAAAAAGGCAAACCAGCACUUUUCCUCAAAGUUGCCAAACUGAAACAGUAAUAAAUGACUUGAAUGGGAACAUCCAUUCAAAACUAUUGCACUGAUGUGGACUGCUUCAAUGGGUUACAAUGAUAAACAAGUCAAAGGGGCACGUUUCACCUCCCUAUCCACAUUCACAUGCUUUUUUACUUUUCUGUUAUGACCAAAUUAGUGUUAAUUUUUGUCAACAUUAGCCCUUAAUUCAUACCAAAACUGCAACAGGAAGGAUAUCAUUCACCAAACAUAACAAACACUUUUAAAUGUUAAUUAUUGCUGUAUAUAGUGCUUAAUUCCCAGUAUGUUAGAGUAAGUCUAUAAUGCUGUUAGCUUCUUGUUAGGGACCGAGCCGAAAGGUAAGGCCCUCUCAUUUUUAUUUGGAUUUUUUUCCAGUCUCUGUGUUAUUUCACUGUCUGUGGAUUCAAAAAAUGAGGAAAGAGGAAAGUGUUUUGUUUUAUUGAUUAUGAAAUUAGUUUUCCACCUUUAGAUGUAAUUUUGCAGUCAAUCUAAAACUGGAGAAGAAUGAGAACAUGGAACAGAAGUAUAUAAAAACUUGCUAUAACACAUUGUUGAAAUUUAGUUUGGUUGAAAAUGAACUUAAAGGUUUUAAAUAAGAGAAUAUGAAUCUACAUUUCUCUAUAAACUCUAUCCAUGGACAGUGGAAGCUACUGGAUGACUUGUAACCACUAUGACCACUGUAUCUAGCACAUAGCUCUGUCUCUCUGCUGGUAGCCCUCAUUUAAUUCCUGUUUUAUUUUCUCCUUCUUUUGUCGGCAUUUGUUGUUUUGUAAUCUAGACUGUAAUUAUUUUACUUAAGUCACGAUACUAUCCCCUGGUUUUAUUUACUGAGAUGGGAGGGAAUGGGAAGAUAAUGAUUUGUACAUUAAAUAUUAUAAUAAAAAAUGCCUUUAGAAAUGUGUUUUUAUAUGGAUAUAUAUCCACCGCUGAUGAUUUAACAGACAGACAGAAUAACAGUUUUUAUUGUCUGGUUUUUAGUUCAUGUUCAACGCCGAAAGUUAAGACCUUUAUGCAGCAUCACACUCUUAAGUGCCUGGAGUGACAGAAAAGAAAUGCAGUUUUCCUCAAAGAGGAUUCAUGACAAAAAGAAAAAUAGGUAAAAACAAGGUAUUACAUAUCUGUUAAUGUAAUGUGUAUUUCUGUGCUCACACACUUUGAAAUAAAGUCUGAAAACUAACUGAAA